CUCUCUCUCUCUUUCUUUCCCGGCCAAGGACACAAGUGGCUCUUAGCAGAAGUGGCUGUUAGAAGUCCCACAGUGCUAAGGAACGAUGCUGGGCUCUUUGCUAUGGGUCGGCUCCCUGCUUUUCCUCUCCGCGCACGCAAGCCCCGGGUCGUCGGGCCGCCGGUCUGCCCGUGCGCCAGCGGCCAGGGUGCGGCUGGUGGGUGCCGGGCGAACUCAAAGCGAAGGACGCGUCGAAGUCUUUUACAACAACACGUGGGGAACCGUCUGCGACGACGAAGUUGACAUAAAAUUGGCCAACGUCGUGUGUCGCGAACUGGGUUUCCGAUCGGGGAUCACCUGGGCUCAUAGCGCCAAAUAUGGGCAAGGAGACGGGCCGAUCUGGAUGGAUAACGUGCGCUGCUCCGGCACGGAGAGCUCGGUGACGGACUGCCGGUCGAACGGCUGGGGCGUGCACGACUGCCGGCACACGGAGGACCUGGGCGUGGUCUGCGGGGACGAGCAGCGGCUGGACCUCCACCCCCUCCACCAGGGGGCCAAAGUGCGGCACCACCGGGGCCACCCCAUCGCCCUCAGCCGCAACAGCACCGCCACCCGCCAGUGGCUGGAGCGGGGCAACAGCGCCUCCCAGAGGGCGGGGAGCAACCACGCGCUCCUGGGCCCGCCCGUGAGACAGCAGCUGUCCAACAGCCUCCCCGGUCAGGCUCCCGGGAAGGUGCGGAUCGAGGAGGUGCGUCUCCGGCCCAUCCUGAGCUCCACGAAGAACCGCGCGCUGGUGUCGGAGGGCGUGGUGGAGGUGAGGCACGCGGGCCGGUGGAGGCAGGUGUGCGACCUGGGCUGGAACCUCAACAGCAGCCGCGUGGUCUGCGGCAUGCUGGGAUUCCCCUCCGCCGCCCCGCACAACGCCAGGAUGUACAAAAAAAUAUGGGACUCAAAGAUCAAAGACCCAUCCACCAGGCUGAGCAUCAUGGCUGGGAAGAAGGGCUUCUGGGUGGAGAAGGUGCACUGCCUGGGCACGGAGGUCAGCCUGGCCCAGUGCCACGCCCAGCUCUCCAUCCCCCGGAGCCCCGUCCCGUGCAGGAACGGCCGGCACGCCGUGGCCCGCUGCAUCCCCGGGCCCCAGUUCGCCCGGAUGUCCUCUGGCCGGCCCCAGGCCCCACACCCCGGAGUGCGGGUGGUGCGGUUGAAAGCGGGCCCUCGGCUGGGUGAGGGCCGUGUUGAGGUCCUGCGGGAGGGGAAGUGGGGGACCGUGUGUGAUCACCUCUGGGACAAAGUCUCUGCCAGCGUGGUGUGCAGGGAGCUGGGAUUCGGCACGGCCAAAGAGGCCCUGACCGGGGCCUACAUGGGGCAAGGUACGGGCCCGAUCCACAUGAACUCGGUGCAGUGCCUGGGCACGGAGAGCUCCGUCACGGACUGCUACUACCGCGAGGUGACCCCCAGGACCUGCAGGCACGGCCAGGACGCCUCCGUCCGCUGCAACGUGCCCAAAACAGGGCUGGAGAGCACGGUGCGUCUGGCGGGGGGCAGGCAGCCAAGCGAGGGGCGCGUGGAGGUGCUGAUGGAGGCGGGGGGCCGGAGACGCUGGGGGGCCGUGUGCAGCGAAAACUGGGGCAUCAACGAGGCCAUGGUCGUCUGCCGCCAGCUGGGCUUCGGCUUUGCAGCCCGAGCGCACCAGGAGACCUGGUACUGGACUGGAACCCCAGACUCCAGUGAGGUGGUGCUCAGCGGGACCCACUGCAUCGGCACGGAGCUCUCCAUCCAGCAGUGCCGCAGGAACGGGAACGUCUACUGCCCCCGGGGGGGGGACGUGCGGUCUGCGGGGGUCUCCUGCGAAGAGACGGCUCCAGACCUGGUGAUGGACGCCCAGCUGGUCCAGGAGACGGCGUACGUGGAGGACCGCCCCCUGCACCUGCUGACCUGCGCUAACGAGGAGAACUGCCUGUCCUCCUCGGCCGCGCGCAUGCACUGGCCCUACGGACACCGCCGGCUGCUCCGCUUCUCCUCCCGCAUCCACAACAACGGCAAGGCCGACUUCAGGCCCAAAGCCGGGCGCGAGUCCUGGACCUGGCACCAGUGCCACAGGCACUACCACAGCAUCGAGGUGUUCACGCACUACGACCUGCUGACUCUGAACGGGACCAAGGUGGCUGAAGGCCACAAGGCCAGCUUCUGUCUGGAGGACACCUACUGCCCCGAUGGAUUGCAGAAACGCUACGCUUGCUACAACAUGGGGGAGCAGGGCAUUUCUGUGGGAUGCUGGGAUACCUACCGCCACGACAUUGACUGCCAGUGGGUCGACAUUACGGAUGUGAGACCAGGAGACUACAUCUUCCAGAUCGAGGUCAACCCCUCCUUAGACAUGGCCGAGUCGGACUUCAUGAACAACGUGAUGCGCUGCCGCUGCAGAUACGACGGGAGCCGGGUGUUCAUGUACGGCUGUCACGCAGGAGAUGCCUACAGUGCAGAGAUCGAGGAUCUGUUUGAGCACCAGGGCCAGAUUACCAACAACUUCAUCUAACGGGCCAGCGGGGGGCAGCACUGGGGCACUCCGGGACGGACACAUUAAACACCCGGCUCCCAGCAUGCAUUGCGCCACACCCCCAGUGGCUACACUCCCUAUGGGAACAGAAUCACAUCCACCCUCCAGAGAACUUUCGGGGUGGGUCCCCCUGGCAACCAGAGGGACAGGCAUCGCUGUGGCAACAGGAUUACUUCAGUUUCCACGGCAACAGGUUUCAUUGUUCCAGAACACAAUCAAGCCUGGGCUUCUGACCGGUUCAUUAAAUGGUGUUUCCAAAUUAAUAUUUAGUUACCUACAGAUAUUUAAAGAGUAUGUGCUAUAGCCAGAUAACACCACGGGACAAAAGCAUUGAUUAUUAUUGACCUAGCAAAAGCAAUAUUUUAUUCAUGAGGGAAAACAUUUAAAAAUAUAAUUGAAAUAAUUUUUGAAGCAAGCAAGUCCAUGUGUAGAUUAUUUAUAGAAAUCUCAAAAGUGCCGAUAUCAUUAAAGUAUUACAAGCUGUUGCAGGCAGGGGGCGCCAUCAUUGAAAAUGACUCUUCCCAGCUGCUGGUUCUCAGAGCUGAGUGGUUCGUAAAUUUUAUGGGAAGUGCCCCUUGGAGGGUGGUAAGUAAGGGCAAAUGGCUGUGGUAGAGGGAGCUUUAAAGAUUUUCUAGAUUUUAUCUUGGUCUGAAUUUCUGAUAUCAGGGAAAUCUAGAUAUUGGUGCAUCUUUUUUUGUUGAGGCGCUGUUAUCACAAAUUCACGUUCCCUUUAAGACUGCGUGCUGUUUUGUGUAUGAAAGUCUUAAUAGCGUGAAAUUGGAAAUAGCUGUUUAGUGAUAUUUCACAUGUAUUAUCACGUGCAGUUAUUCACAAAAUUCAUCACCAGUUGUGCUGUAGUUCAUUUAAUCUCAGCCGAAAAGAUUUGGAAUUAGUGUCGCAGCAAGUCAAAUCCUUGCGAUCAAUCGAUGCACUUUAUUCGUUAAACAUCAGUAUUCUAACGGUUUGUUAUCAUAAAAAAAUUUCGCCCCAAAUUGUAUCCAAGAGUUACAGGUGAAAUCAACCCAUCAGGUGUUCAAAAGUUGUUUGAUUAUUUCUUAAUCAUAUUUAAAGAUUUAAAGCAUACUGGACAUAGUAGCUUUUGUUUGCUCAGUUAUUGUGUGUAGAAAUGUCAUUUGACAUCUUGUGUUUUAAAAUACACAGCCUCGUUAUUGAAAAUACAAAUGGAAUAUGAUGCAUCUCUAGUUAUGAUAAGCUAUGUACGUGCUACGGGUUAAUUUAUUUUAGGCCUGAGUGAACAUUUGCCUAUUUUAAACACAGUGAAUGCGAUUUCUGUUCAAAUGGAUUUCUAAGUGAAAUUAAUAUAUUGUAUAUGAAACAAGUCGUUUAACACCCACUCCUCGAGCUGAUGGAAAAUGUGACAUCAGCAUCAUUGCUCUUUAGUGUGAUUAAUUUAAGAGUCCAAAUUAAAGCAGCUGUCGAUUACACAGCUAACUCGCCUCACCUGGUUUCUUGGGUCCAAAAAGGCGGAUUUUAAAGGGAAGGCAAGCAGCCAAUCACGAGGCUCAUUUAGGAGCAGGGUUGCAGACCCUAAAAUAAUCCUUAAGUAAUUUAAACAUUAGGCCUUGUCGGAUUGAGUCGAAAUGUGAAAACAGGCAGGCCAUGACAUUUUCCAGUGUGGAAAAUGUGUAAACACGUUGUGAUUGGGCUUGUUAUAGUUUAGUAGUUUUUAUACCAUUCUAGAGUAGCUUUCAUACCCUGUCCCUGCUCUUGGAAUAUCACAUGUCUGCAAUUCCAUCUAAAAGGGAGCAAAAUGUCUGGCAUAAAAUACACAAAAUUGUUAGUUAAGUGUACUUAGUACAAUAGACAGUUGCUGUUAUUGUAUGACAUGAACCUCAAUAACCAGUGCAUCAUAUAUCAUCGGCCUUUAAUUACAUUGAUGUUUGUAUUUGCCGUAUGAUACUGUAAUCACAGUGUUAGGGGUACGCUCAGUAUAUAGCGUGUACUCCUUCUGUGAGUACCGUUUCCUCUGCCUGGGGGUUUUGCAUCGCUAUGUUUUAUUUAUUACCCGUUGCCUUCUGUCUUUUUGAGUUCUGAACAAAGGGAUUUUCUUUACUGUCCCUGGCAGUCCCCCUGGAAAGAGAGCGUAGCUUUCGUGUGGCUCCUUCAGUAAUAAACAGUACGCGCACGCAGCCUAAUUAAUGCCUUCAGCAGUCGCGUCAGCCUCCCCUGCCCACGCUCUCUGGCGGGCCCUCCGUGGAGUCUGAACCACAGACCCGAUCAUCCCCUACAGGGAGCUCUGGAGUGCAGCGGCAUCAGAGAACAACACCAAACAAUGUAAACGAGGACGUCUACUGCAAAACAGGAGCCCCGGUAGAAUACAAGAUGCUUGCACGAUCACGGAUUAAACUUGACUAUGAAUCGGCAGCAAAUUUCCUCCAGAGAACUAUCGCAAUAUUCAUGAUAAUAAUGUAUUUCUAAGUUUUAUAAUACGGUGCUCAUAUACAGCUGCUUGUAAUGUAUAGACGGAAGCUUUGGCUGUAUUUAAGUUUUGUAUUGCCUUCUAUUUGCAAGCCUCAUCAACACUAUAUUUAGUUUUUGCCCUCUUAACUACUUCAUGACAUCACGUUACUGUAUGCUCGUGCCAACGCUGUUGCCUUCACUCUGAAAGUCUGUCCCACUUUCUGAAGUUGUAAACGCCGUUUAGCUGCGUCUGAAAGACAGAUAUCUGGGCAGCACAGAGCAGAGGUUGCAGUUUUUGUUUUUUUUACCCGUGGGUGAAAUUAUACACACUCAGGGAUUCAGUAGAAAAGCUAAUGUUCCUCAUCUUGUCAUUACACCCUAUUCGGUCUUCGGUGGUCAGCAUAAUGACCAAGUCGUCACAGGAAGUGGUUUCAUCGUAGUCGUUCCAUUCAACAGAACCUGCCCAUCCGCCCACGCACUGCCACAUCCCUGACCUGAGCGAAGAGCGACUCUGUUCCACAUCAAAGUUGCGUUAUCGCCGUUUGUGUGGGGAAGCGUGUCGGACAGUUUCAUCUUCUGAAAGCGCGACGCUCGAGUUGUUCUG